AGUGUGUUCACAGUUGUUUUAGAUUUUAAUGCGAGAACAUAACAACUUUUUUUAAGCGCUCAAAAUGUUAGGAAUCGUUGGAAUUCUAUGCGGGUCAAUUAUUUGCCUGCUCUAUUACUACUUAACUGCGACUUACAAUUUUUGGAAAAAAUACAAUAUACCUGGACCUCCACCCACAAUAUUUUUCGGUACGAUGAAGGAGGUUAUACUUAAGAGAACAUCACUCGGGAAUUACCUAAAGAAUGUAUACGAUGCUUAUGAGGAUGCAUCGUUCAUAGGAAUAUUUCACAUAAGGGAACCGAUUUUGAUCAUAAAAGAUCCAGAACAUAUAAAAGAUGUUUUUAUUAAGGAUUCUGCGUUAUUUCCUAACCGAGGUUUAAACAGUUCCCUACAAGAGGAGCCAUUGAAACAGUUCCUUUUUCAUGCGAAUGUACCAGUGGCACAUAUCAUUAGGUCGAAAGUAUCGUCGGCUUUUACACCCAGCAAACUUAAAGAAUUAUGUCAUAUGAUGCUAGAAUCUCUGGAACGCUUGGACAAUUAUCUAGAAGAAUUACUAUCGAAGAAUAAUAACAUAAUAAAUUGUGGCAAUAUAGCGGCAAGAUUAACUGCUGACAUGACCGGCAUUAAUCUUAUGAGUAUUAAUAUGAGGACCUUAACGAGAGAAAAUUAUGAAGAAAAUGAUUUUUUAAAAUAUACUGAUAAUGCUUGUGGCACAUAUUGGGGUACGCUAAUAAAAACAGUAAUGAUAGACAUAUGUCCACGAUUGUACAAAUGGAUUGAUUACUUGCUCAGCAGCAAUAAUAAAGUAACACCACCGUUUUUCAAUUUUAUUUCCGAUAUCAUAAAAUAUAGAAAAAAACACGCUAUCGUUAAAGCUGACAUAUUAGGUUUGCUGAUGGAAUUAAAGAAAAAUCCUGGAAAACUCUCCGAGUUCAUUGGCUCAGAUGUAAUGGAUGAGUUUCUGCGUACGCAAAUGUUGGGGUUUCUCUAUGCAGGCUAUGAGACCACUGCAGCGACGAUACGUAAUACAUUAUAUGAACUAGCUUUACAUCCAAAUAUUCAAGAUAAAUUACAAAAAGAGAUACUGGACACGUAUGCGAAAAAUAAUGGUCAACUACAAUAUGACGAUAUAAACGCAAUGCCUUAUUUAAAUGCAGUUUUUAAAGAGACCUUGCGAAAAUAUCCGCCAGCAGAUUCAAUGCAACGAGAAGUGUUAUCAAACUAUACUUUCAAAAAUACUAAUAUAACUGUGCCGAAGAAGCAGAAGGUCCUAAUACCUCUUCAUGCAUUUCAUCACGAUCCAAAAAUAUUCCCUCAACCAGAAGUUUAUGAUCCAGAGAGAUUCAUCAAUGAGAUUUCGCAAACCAAAAACCCAAUGCAUUACUUUCCGUUCGGAUAUGGACCAAGAAAUUGCAUCGGUGAACGAAUGGGCAUUCUUCAAACCAAACUUGGGCUCAUUGGUAUUUUGCGAAAUUACAAACUCGAUGUUUGCGAAAAGACUGUAACUUCAUUCAGAUCUAUUACUCGGGCAUUUAUCGUAACGCCAAAUGAAGAUAUAUACGUUAAACUGACAAAAAUAAAUUAAAUUGUACAUAUUAUACUAUAUAUAUUAUUAUUACAUUGAUGAAUUUCUUACAUCGAUAUGUGUAUGCACACAAGAGCAUGUUUAUUAUUAAAUUU